AUGGCCGACAGAUACUCCUUCUCCCUCACCACCUUCUCGCCCAGCGGAAAGCUGGUGCAAAUCGAAUAUGCGCUCAACGCAGUCAACCAAGGUGUAACCUCACUGGGCAUCAAAGCCGCCAACGGCAUCGUCCUCGCCACGGAAAAGAAGUCCUCUACCCCCCUCAUCGACGCCGCAUCCUCGUCCAAAGUCUCGCUCAUCACCCCCAACAUCGGCAUGGUCUACUCCGGCAUGGGCCCCGAUUACCGCGUGCUGGUCGACAAGGCGCGCAAGGUCAGCCACACGGGCUACAAGCGGAUAUACAACGAGUACCCCCCGACGCGGAUAUUGGUGCAGGAUGUAGCGCGAGUCAUGCAGGAGGCGACGCAGAGUGGUGGUGUGCGGCCCUAUGGUGUGAGCUUGCUGAUUGCGGGCUGGGAUGAGGGCGUGGAGCCGCAGCAGGAGGAGAAGGAGGCGGCUGAUGAGAUGGCGGUGGACGAUGGCGAGAAGAAGAAGACGGGCAAGACGGGUGGUAUUCUGAAGGGCGGACCUAGCUUGUACCAGGUCGACCCAAGUGGAAGCUACUUUCCCUGGAAGGCGACGGCCAUUGGCAAGAGCGCGACGAGUGCAAAGACGUUCUUGGAGAAGCGGUAUACCGAGGGUCUCGAGCUGGAGGAUGCGGUGCACAUUGCGUUGCUGACGCUCAAGGAGACGAUCGAGGGUGAGAUGAACGGUGACACGGUGGAGAUUGGCAUCGUGGGACCACCAGCGAACCACCUCCUGGGCUUCGAGGGCGUUGAAGGCGCGGUAGGACCACGAUUCAGGAAGCUGAGCCCGCAAGAAAUCGAGGACUACCUCACCAACUUGUAA